UUUCGGGGGGGGGGAAUCGAAUUGUCAUCGCAGUGGGAUGUUAUCAGUUUAUGUACUAGUGUAUGUGAGCGUAUGUUUCACCAGUGACAAGUCCUACGAGAAGAUAGAGACAGACACAUUACAUAUCGUGCAACUGGAAUAAUAUAUUUCUGCAGACAGAUGUAUUUGCAUUGAUUUUUUUCCAUCUUUGGGCUGCUCAUAUUUUAGCAGCGUGGUGAUCGGUGUAGCGAUCACCGUUUCCUUGCUGUCUGGGAGAUCAUCUGUUGCUGCAGCCGGCUUCAUUGAGGGAGGGGAACAAGCGUUAGAGACCCUUCCCACACCGACAGUGUUGAGAAAUUCGGGGUCAGCAUUUUGCCAUUUUCUUGUAUUUCUCCCUUUUCAGGAGCGUGCAUUCUUAUGGAAAUGGUAAAAAGACUCUUACUACUGCUGCUGCUCCGGCUUUCCUUGCAUGCUAGGUUCUGAUCUUACACACCGAUCCUUUAUGAUGGCCCCCAGCCGGCGUUUUUGAGCCACGCUCAUCUUUUCAUCUUUGAACCUUAACGAACAUCACUGUCGAGCGCUGGCUUUGUCUUGAAAAUAUCUUGAAAAAUCCGUGAAUCGCUAUUGGAUUGAGGGUACUCCGAUUAUUCUGACUCGUUGAGGUCGCGCACGAUUCGGGAUAAAUGCUGAUGAUGGAGGAUGACACCGAACUGGAGGCGCAUCAGGUUGACAUCGAUUCGGAUCUGGAGCCGCGCAGCCGGCCACGCUCGUGCACCUGGCCACUACCAUGUCCGGAUGACUUCCCCGCCGGCACGGUAGACAGGGGUCUCCCCCUGCCCUCCGUGAAGGUCGAGCCAGAGAACGUUCCCACGUGCCGAGCCGAGAGGAACGGAGGCGCACCGACCGAGCUGAAGCACCCCGCGGGUGCCGCCACUCCCGCCGCCGCUGCUAUGCCGUGCAUGGCCGGAGCCGCGCUCGACGUGGCCGGUCAGCUGCGCAAAGCCAAGUCCUCGCGGCGCAACGCGUGGGGCAACCAGUCGUACGCAGACCUCAUCACCCGGGCCAUUGAGAGCACCCCGGAAAAGCGGCUCACACUGUCGCAGAUUUACGACUGGAUGGUCCGAUAUGUACCUUAUUUCAAGGAUAAAGGCGACAGCAACAGCUCAGCCGGGUGGAAGAACUCGAUCCGACACAAUCUUUCCCUGCACACACGUUUCAUCCGGGUGCAGAAUGAAGGGACAGGAAAAAGUUCCUGGUGGAUGCUGAACCCAGAGGGUGGAAAAGCAGGAAAGGCUCCCAGACGUCGAGCAGUAUCCAUGGACAACAAUGCCAAGUACUUGAAGAGCAAGGGAAGAGUCAGCCGGAAGAAGUCAGCAGGCAGAGCAGGGCUUGGUGCAGGGAAUGGGCUGCAAGGCUCCCCAGAAGAUGGUAGCCCUGCCAGGAGGGGGACAGGGGUGGGCAGCAGCAGUGAGGAAUUUGAUGCCUGGACAGACAUCCACUCCCGUGCCAGCUCCUCUGCCUCCACCCUUAGUGGCCGCUUGUCCCCCAUCUUAGCUGAGGCAGAAAUGGAGGAGCCUGAAGAAGGAGUCCUGUCAUGCUCUGCCUCUCCUCGUCUCUAUCCCAGUCCUUCUAGUGCCCGCUCCCCAGGUCUGGGUGCUGGUGGACACUGUCCCUCAGUAGAGCUUCCCCAGCUGGCUGACCUGACCGGAGCCAUCAGUCUGGAGGAAAGGCUCUUGGAUGAAGGAUACCAUCAGACCCCCAGGCACAAGCAGCCAAGUUUUCAUUAUGGAUCCACUACCAAAAGCCAAGGCUCCUACUGCAGCUCUGUAUAUGGCCAGCCAGCUAUGGGCAUGUUACGGCACCACUCACCCAUGCAGACCAUCCAGGAAAACAAACCUACCAACUUUCAAGGCACCAUGCGAGGUUACCCUGGCUCUAAUGCCCUGCAGAACCUGCUCACCAACGGUGCUCAGUACUGUGGCAAGGAAAUGAUGUUGAGACCAGAGGUAGAGCCACAUUCCCUAAUGGCCCCUUCCAGCAAUGGGGUCAGCUCCCAUAGACAUGGUCAUGCGCACAACCACAGGCACAAUCCAAACCACCACAAUGGCCACAACCCUAGUCAUAAUCCCAACCCCAACCAUAAUCCCAGUCAUAGUCUCAACCCCAGUAGUAAUUCCAGCCAUAAUCCUAACCAUAACCACAGUUCCAGUCGUAAUCACAAUCCCACUCACAACCACAAUCCUAACCGCAACCACAACCCUAGUCACAACAACGGCCACACACACACUCGACCUAAUCAACAGCCGGCUCUCAACCCCCAAGUCAGCAAUGGACUUCUCCAACCAUACAGUCUCAAAGCCCCUGAUCUAUACAGCCCCACUGCCCAUGCCCACCUCCCUGCCUCCACUUCCCUGCCACCCAACCCAGCUGGCAUGCUAGGAAUGCCCCAGGACUCUUGCCACCUGGCCACGGCCCCCCACCCUCGUCAUCAACCCUUCCCCGGAGAUCACCACCAGGGGAUGGGGGAUUCCCGACAUGGACAUUAUCAGCACUCACAGAAUGGUGGUGUCGGUGGCUACCAGGGGUACCACCACCCACAUCACCCCCAUGCCCACCACCCCCAUGACCGAUUACCUGCUGACCUGGACUUGGACAUUUUCCACGGUAGCCUGGACUGUGACGUGGAGUCCAUUCUCCUCAAUGACUUCAUGGACUCUGAGGAGAUGGACUUCAACUUUGACAGUUCCAUGUCCCAAGGUGUUGGAGUAGGUGUGGGCAUGGGAAUGGGGAUGGGUGUGGGAAUGGGCAUGGGGGUUGGCAUGAGUGUGGGUGUUGGAAUGGGUGGACUUCCUGGGCCCCCACAAUCCCACAGCAACCAGAGUUGGGUGCCUGGCUGAGCUGUCAAGAUGCCUCCCCCUGAACUGAAUUGGAGACAACAGUGAAGGAUGAGGUCUCACCCCCAAGUGACUUUUUUGACCAACUGCAUGACUGUGAUUCCUCAGCUAAAAGGAGAAAAUAGUGUGACAGGAACACAGACUGAGGACUGGAUAUAUGUUGACCCCCCAUAAAGCAGGUCCUCCCUUGUCUUUUUCUGUCUCACCAAUACCCACUCCUGCGCUUGCCCUAAACACUGUGUUCAUGGUUUAUGUCCUCCAGUCUCUGAGAUCAGUUGUACCGUGAUGACAAUCCCAAACGUGUUGCCACUAUCAGCAAUUGCCUUCAUCUCCCAUCACCCCUAAGCUCUCCAGCACUUUAUAGACAGUGAAAUGGCGCUCGAAUGUGCUGAGCCCAGGGGCAGCUGGCUGAAGCAGGACAUCUUUGGAGUAUGUCACAUGCUGCCCUGUGAGUGUGCUCAGGCCAGAUAAAACAUGUCUUCUCACCAACAAAAUAACUACCGCCAAGCAGGGGUGUCGACUCUCCUACACAUCACUGUGACUACGCACACAGCUGGACCAGCCCCGUCUGGGGCAGAGAGCCCCUUUUCGCAUACUUGUCCUUGUCUCUGCCCUGCAGAUAUGAUCACAUUCCCCUGCUGAUCGGGAUGGCUCAUCUCUCAAAAGGCCUGUUGACGAGGCUUGAUUGAAAUUCCACGUCUUGCUUUUAAUCUCCAAAGUGAUUCCGUGGUGAUGUAUCAUUAUUGCAAAUUUAAUGCAGCAGGAUUUUUUUUUUCCAAUUCCGCAUCCUCUGGAUGCAAUAACAUAAUGCGUUGAGUGAAUGGAAUGAUUAACAUCAAGUCAUUCUGCAGUAAUGGAGCUAGUGCUGCUUGAUUAUCCUGAAAAGGUGAGAGAAACCAGCAGGUUCCCCUGUAACUGGUUCACCUCUCCUCCCUUUUUUGUGUACUCAUUUUGCUUCCAUCCUACAAAGAAGAACUGACAUUUAGACUGACUGUACAUCUUAAAUGGGUGGUGUGCUGUACAAUCGUCCUCGUCUGUCUUGUUCUUUUGCGGCAACGUUUUAUAUUAUCGUUCCUGCUUUGUUUUCAAAUGGUGCUCGCGGAUUUGACCGCAUCUUGACCAUGUUACAGCCAUGGCUGGGUGUCAUGGUUGUAUCUUUUUUGUUUUUACUUCAAUCAGGCAAUUGUCUUGGCAUUAGAGCUGUCAGACAGGGUUAGCCCCAGUCUCUCCUUCACACCAUCGCUGUUCAUUUUCCUCGUUGUUAUGUGAAAGAUCAGGGUCAUUUAUCAUGGAGUUGUCUGGGCAGGAGGUGUAAGUGUGUGUUUUAGCCCCACGGCAGUGAGAACUGGCUAGGGUACCUCUCCACUACGCAUGCUUAUACACGAGCUGGCAUUGUUACAGAGAGCUACUUUGGCAACAGCUUUGGCUACCACACUCAUGCUUUGCUCACCCCUUUGAGUCCAUAAAUGGUCCCAGCAAAAGCUGAUAUCUGGUUACCAGUGGAACAACUGUUAUGAAGUGGGCACCACCUGUGUGAUUGAACCAGGCCUAAAAGUUCAGUAGGAGCGACAUGUAUGAUCUUGUGGUUCCAUAAUGGCUUCUCAUCUCUUUGGCAGAGGUUAAGGUCAUUAUCAUGGAGAGGAAAGGGACAAGAGUACCUUACCCUAAUUUCUUUAGUAUGGCAUUGUUUCAGAUGCCUCUUUGGACAUAUUUCUCAUAUUUUUUGCCACCUGGAGUAAAUACGGGCAUAGACACAAUUGGGGUUGAGUCUGAAUUUGGUCCAGUGCUCUUGUAGACAUUUGUGCAUUAAGCUUGUAUCACGGUGGUGUAGAGAAAUAAAUACAGAAAUCCACAGAGGACUGCCCUGGUAUUUAUAUAUGAAGCUACAUAUGGAUAAUAUAUACAACAUAUUUAUUAAUGAAAGAGUUGGGUCUUUCUUUAGUGUAGUAACACUCUGCUGAACCCUGAUCCCCAU